AUGACUCAGCGGAAUGGAAUCAGGGGCUCGAGUGAUCCCAGUCUCCACUCGGAGACCUUCGACCUGGCCAACGGUUUGGACCACGACGAGGGGCAGGAGGCGGCUGCUGACUGUGAGCGAGGGCGGGGGAGUGAAAGCGGAGACCCCGUCGCUAUAACGGGAGGAGCUGUCACCGCUCCGGAUGGCGGCUGGGGCUGGGCGGUGCUGGUUGCAACCAUCCUGGUCCUGGCCAUGACCCUGGGCUUUCCCUCCUGUGUGGGGAUCUUCUACACAGACCUGCAGAACGAGUUCCACGCCUCCAACAGCGAAACGUCCUGGGUGCCGUCCAUCAUGACGUCGGCGCUUCACGCAGGAGGUCCGUUCUGCAGCGUGCUGGUGGGGAAACUCGGCUGCAGGGCCACCGUCAUGUUGGGCGGGGUCCUGAGUGGGCUCGGAAUGGCCGCCAGCUCGUUUACCAACUCCAUCGCCGAGCUUUACGUCACCGCUGGAGUGAUUACAGGACUCGGCUUCUGCUUCAGUUUCCAGCCGGCUGUCACCAUCCUGGGUCACUACUUUGUGCGUCGGCGUGCGUUUGCCAACGCCAUGUCCUCCACGGGAACGGCCCUGGGACUCUGCACUCUGCCUUUCCUGGGAAACUACCUCCACUCAGAGUUCGGCUGGAGGGGGAGCUUUCUCAUCCUGGGCGCCGUCCUGCUGAACUGCUGCGUGUGCGGCGCUGUGAUGCGGCCCCUUCAGCCCAAGAAGCAUCGCGGCCAGCCGCUGAUGGACCGCACACCUCCGCCAUCAGAAAAGCAGACGAAGCGGGAAUUGAGGCUUGGGACCAGAUGGAGGUCUUUGGUGGCCUCCGUCAAAGAACACAUGGCCUUCGAUCAGUUCCUCAACAACCUGCAUUACCGUGUGUUUGCCAUAGGCAUCACUUUUAUGAUGCUGGGCUUCGUGGUGCCGCUGAUAUAUCUGGUUCCGUACGCCACGGCCUACGGCAUGGAGCCGAGCCGGGCUGCGCUGCUGCUCUCCAUCCUGGGUAUUGUUAACAUCGUGGUGCGGCCGCCGUUCGCCAUCAUGUUCAACAUGCCCUGGUUCAAAGGGCGCCACGUUUAUGUGUUUGCCUCUGCCUUGCUCUUCAACGGGCUCAGUAACUGCAUCUGCUGCAUCGGGGCCGGAUUCCCCGUGCUGGUGGCGUAUGUGGUCACGUACGGACUUUCGAUGAGCGUGGUCGGGUCGCUGAUGUUCACCGUCCUGAUGGAUAUAGUGGAGAUGAGGCGCUUCCCGUCGGCGCUGGGGCUGCUCGCCGUCAUGGAGAGCAUCACGCUGCUUAUUGGACCUCCGCUGGCAGGGGUCCUGGUGGACACCACGCAACAAUAUUUCUACGUCUUUAUCGCCUGCAGUGCCGUUGUUGCCUCCUCCGCUCUGUUCCUGAUACUGUCCUUCCUCUGGCUGGACAAAAAGGAGAGGAAGGCGUCGCAGCAGGGUCAGCUCUCUGCUCAGCCCGAAGCAGAGAAACCUGCAGUCGACGCCUCUCCUGUCUGCGAGUACAGCGACCGGCCCUAGCAGGGAGACGAGGCCUCAGCCUGGGGAUGGAGCGUAUCACCAGCCUGUGAACCUGCUGCCACUGUGUCCAUGCAGUUUUGCAGAUUAUUCCUGAUAUUUGGAGCAGUGAAAUACUUGGAAUGACUUUCACUAGCUGCGUUUCCAUUGACCAUAUAAAUUGUGCAAUUUGGAAUUGCAAAAGGAAAUUUGCUUUAUAUGAAAAGAAGCUCACAUUUUUGGAUAAAAAGCUUUUGCACUAGGAUGAGGUUACUUUUUCAGCCGUAUCAAAAUUAGUGUAUUUUGAAAAACUGAAAAGGAAAAACUUUUUUCGCGUCACACGAGUCAUGUGGUCAACCAACAGAUGUUAUUACUGGCGGGAUAGACGAAGACAACGACAGGAUGUGAUAGCAUGAUGAUGCCGCGGCAUGUUUUUUAAAAUUUUUUAUUUUUUAAUGAUUUAUGGCGUGAACAAACUUAUCCACAUGUGAACUCAAUUGCGUUUCUUAUUUAACAGAAACACAGCAGUUGUGAAAUUGUGUUUUUUCAACAAAGGUUUGCGCACAUUUGUAAUGGAAACACAGCUAGUGUUGGUUAAAGUUGCUUACCAAAAUGAACAAAUGUGCACUUACAACAUGAAUGUGAUUGUACUGUUUAUUGUAAAAUGCUGCUGGUCUUAUCCACGCCAUCUGUAUCACUAGACUAUUAAUCAUGCCAGGAAGUUUAUAAGAAAACAAAACUCACACUAAUUUCUGAAUCUUUGCUGGAUUUAUCGUUAUUUUUGUCUUUGAGUUUGCAUCGGUGUGUACGGCAAAAAUCAACUGAGGUAGGAACCAAUCACACCGAGGCGUCUGAUUACCCGUCUGUUUACUUUUAAGCAAAAGUCCAAAGACCAAACUCAGAUAACCCCAGAAGAGCAUUCUUGAAUUUUUCACUCCUUCUGCAUUAAGAUUUCAGCACAUUAAAGGACAAACGUUAAGUGUGUUGCCAUGUCUGCACAAACAUCUUGUUUUUGUUUGAUUUGGUGCCUGCAAUUCAAAGGUGUUCACUGAAACUGAAGCACAAUGGAGAAAAAAGCAACUAGUUAGGAAAUGCACCAACGUGGCACUAAAAAACUGUAACCUUCUGCACCUUGAAUUUGUGUGAUGUAGCAUAAAUAAAUGAUUUCUUCGUCAUAAUCAAACUAAUUGUUAAACUUUCAACUCCAGCUGUCUGACAGGAUUUGUUUUUUUUUUCACAUAUAAAACUUCCACCGUGUUUUACUGUUGGUGUCGGGUUGUUCUCUGGAAAAGGUGCCUUUGUUCUGCACAAUCUGUUUUUAUUCGUCACGUCCAGAGAUCUCUCUUUACUUGAUGUGCAUAACUAGCCAACUGUAACCCAAAUGUUUGGCUUACAAAACAAGAACUUCUUAGGAACCACCACACCAAAUAUCUUGACUGAAACUUAGAUUUGCAUCUUAGAUUUGCAUCUGUGCUUUAUCUUAUUUCAUUGAAAUCCUUUGGUCUCUCCUAUAGUUCAAAAAUAAGCUGCCACGAGCCCAACUGAGUGACCCACCUUGUGAAGCUUUAUGGAAAUUCUGUCUGGAAUUUGACUCACCACCUUAGCAGAAUCAAACAUUUAUUUAAAUUGUUUUGUUUCCCAUCACUGGCUUUGAGGAGGAACAGGACUGACAUAAUUUAUUCAGAAUCCAGUUCUGAUGGGAGAUUUGUCCAAAUUUGAACUGAAGAACAUGGAGGCCAGUAUUUCUUUAACCAAAGUGGCUCAGCAGCAUAAUGCUGCCACCACCAUGCUUAACAAUUUAGUAUUUUAAGAUUUUAAAGUCCCACCUUGACUCAUCCAAUCAUACUGAGGCCAAAUUUCUCUUUGUCUGACCAAACAAUUAUGUUUUUCCUUUUUGAAUAUCCUGUAAUUUUCAGUUAAGCUGUGUCAAAGCCUAAAGGAACAAGACAAAUGAAUCCAAGUUUGUUUGAACUAAAUUGUCUUAUGAGACUGAUAAAUCUAUUGAUCGUAGAGACUGACUCCAACGCUUACAUGCUUAGAGAUUCCUCUAAGAAUAAAGCCACAGUACACUAUUACUGAGAUGAGAUUAUUACACUGCCACUUUAAGGCCAAUGAAUUGGUAUGCAAUACAUACCAAUUCAGACAAUGUCAAAAGUAAAAGCAACUAAAAUUAGUGAAAUAAAUUGUUUGAUGCUAAUGUAAUUUAUUGAGAUGCAUCUGUAUUUGAGUACAGGGACAUAUUUUGAUUUGUAGUUUAACUCUAGUAUUGGACUCAAAUAAACAUUGAUGGGAAUCAGCAUCACUUUAAAGUACCUAGCAGUUUGACCAGGUUUGUUUUGGACUUUUUAAACACAUCAAGUUUAACAUUUUCCAAUAAUUCAAAUAUAAUCUAUUUUAAACCCCUGAAGGUGUCAGAAAAUCAAAAAUAACUUAUUGUUUUAAUGGAAAACAGGUCAUGUUUGUUGCUCUCUCAUUCUGUCAUGGAACAGUGCCUUUUUACGUAGCUGGUUUAUUAGGAGAAGAUGGUUCUGCAGCUGCUCCCUUUUCACAGAUGAUUCCUUGUGUUUCACAGUUUCCACUGAACCGAUCUCCAAAAUGGUGGUUUAUCUUUUCAAUAAUCACAUGUUUUAGUUAACAAUGAAACAAUCACUUCGUCCAUAUAUGUUCAGAGCUAAUAAAAUGAGCGAGAAACUGUUGAGCACUAAAGAAAUAUUUCAGAAUAUUUCAGGUAUCAGAUGUGUCCUUGUAAUGAACUGUUUAACCAGACGUUUAUUACUUAUCAGAGGAUUUGUUAGCACAUUUUGGAGUCUUGCUGUUUACCAAAUUGUAUCUUUAUAAAUUCUUUAUUUAUACAUUAUGAUUUAGGGGAAAUAAAUAGUUGAAUUUUGAAA